GAGACUUUCCGACCCUAUAACAAACAUGCUUCAGCCUAUCAGAACUUUCGGUACUUUGAUUUUCUUUUGAUAACUAGAAAUCGGGAUCGGGAAUACCUUACUUUUAUACACGUAUCAUAUUUUGGACACGUCCACGGAAAUGGCCACGGAAACCACUACAACAUUAGAUAACAUUGUAGAAGAUGUAUCCCUAUGCACGAUUUGUUUCGAGAAAUUGAAAUUACCAAGGUAUCUGCCAUGUACACACACGUUUUGUCAUGCGUGUCUUGUGUCCUUCAUCGCCUCUUGUUGCAAAUCGAAAGUAGCACCUUUGGGAUUUCACUGUCCGCUAUGUCGAGAAUUCAUUCCCUGUGUCGGUGAACAAACACGAUGGGUGGAACAAUUUCCCAUUGAUGAAAUGUUGAUGAAAUUUAUUGAGGAAUUGGAUGGAGAAAAGCUUUGUGAACCGUGUAAACUUGAUAAUGAAGAAAACGAAGCCACUGAUUUCUGUUCCGAAUGUAAUGAGGCGAUGUGUGAAACAUGUACAAAGUAUCACAGAAAACUCGUAGUUAGUCGUGAUCAUAGGGUAUGUCCACUGACCAAGGUCAAAGGGAUCGGUGCACGACCAGAUUACUCCAGAAACUGUCGUCAACACAGAGACAGACGUAUUGAAAUGUAUUGUAACGACCACGAGGAACCUUGCUGUGCUCUUUGUGCGAGUACACGGCACAGAAAAUGUGACAGUGUUGAUACGUUAGAAACGGCUGCAGAAAAUAUAAGGAAAAGUGACGCAAUCCAGCUUCUCAUUGGUGAACUGGAAUCACAUGAAGGUAAACUUGAUGACAUACGUAAAUCACAAGAGGAAAACAUGGCAGAAAUUGAGGAUGUGUCAGAUGCCCUUGCUCAAGAUGCAGAGAAAUUAGAAGAGGAUUUUGUUAAUCAUAUCAGUAAACUGAAAAAUACAUAUCUUGACGAACUGUCGAAACUUACAAAGGAAAGCAAAGAAAAGACCAACAAAAAUACAGAACACAUAAUGGACGAGUCUGAUUGUGUGAAGAAGUGUAAGCAAACAUUGUCAAGCAUUGAUGACAAAACGGACAUAGCUGAACAAGUUAUAAAAUUUUCCAGAAGCAAACAGAUGUUUCAUCAUAUGAAGCAAGCGGAAACGAAGAACAUUCAUUUGGCCCUAGAAGUCAACAAAUGUUGUGAAUUUGACAAAAUAAAAAAUCAGGUUUUGUUUCCGAAAUUAAAAUUACAGGAGUUCAAUAGAGGUGUUUUAUCUGACAUUGACCUGAGAAAUGCAGAGUUGACAGUUGUUUCAACGUUCACAAUUAAAGGAGGACAAGUGUUCAGCGGAAUAUAUCUCAAGGACAAAAGAAUGAUAUUUCCUCAGUAUACUGUAUUUAAUAAGAAUCGGAUAAAAUACAGAUACAUCCUUUUCAACGAAGAAGGAAAAGUGCAACAGGUAAUAGGAUUUCCUCGCGAACCUGUAUUUGUUCGACUUCACGGGGAAGAAGUUUAUUUAAGCAGUACGGAAUACAAAAUCAUCGCUGUUGUUUCUUCCCAAACAUUUGAAAUCAUUCGUGAAGUGCCUGUUCCAAAAAGAUGCUUCGGAUUAGAUAUCAAAGAUGACUUUUUGUACAUUGCUUGUUGCGAUUCCAUAGAAAAGAUGGACAACCGCGGGAAGGUAGUUUACUCGUAUCAAGUUCCUGAACAAGUGGAGUGUGUUAUUGUUACAAACCAGGGUGACAUUGUCUACAGUGUUUGGAGUAAGGACAUCGUGUCCGCAAUAAACAAAGAUGGAGAAAAUAUUUGGACAUACACUGGCCCGAAUCUCAAAUUUCCGUUUGGUCUCGAAAGGGAUUCAAAAGACAAUAUCUACAUAGCAGGCAAAGAGAGUGGAAAUAUCCACGUGUUGUCUAGUGAAGGUGCUCUUGUCAGAAUUUUGGAGAAUAUGAAAAAACCGUGGUUUGUGGCGAUCUCGCCGGACGAUAGCACAUGUUGUGUGUGUAGUGACAACAAAGUUAUGACCAUAUACCGAAUCCAUUAAACAUUGUCAGUUGUACAGUAUACAUUUAUAUGAAUAUUUAUUCUAAAGACUCGAAUAAAUGAGAGAAACCCUACAAGUAAAGGUGAUAAA